AUGUUAAUCAACCUGACGGAAAUUUUCAUGGUGAUGUUUACCUUUCAAUCAAAGUGGAUGACAAUCAUAUUCAUCUCAGUGAAUUAUAUGUUAUCAUCAUUCCCCUGGACUCCCUCCUAUCAGGGUCAUUUGGUCAUCGCUUCAUGGGAACAGUGGUGGGCAUAUGAAGGAAUCUCAGGGCCACAUUUCUGGGGACGGACUAAUCCAAAAUGGGUCUUAUGUAAUAAGGGUAGACGACAAUCACCAAUUGACAUUGACCCGGAAGCCUUGCUCUUUGACCCUUUUCUUUCACCUCUACAAUUGAUCGGUGACCAUGUGAAUGGGAACUUGAUUAAUACAGGUCGAGGUAUAAUCUUCAAAGUAUCAGGAUUAAACAAAACAGACACUUUCAACCUUGACUCAAGCUCAUUAUCAUCAUCGUCGACUUCCUCUUCCUCCUCUCCACCUCCUUCCGUGAGUCUAACUAAUGGUCCAUUAACCUACCGUUACACCUUGAACCAUUUCGCCCUCCAUUAUGGUCGUAACUUAUCAAAAGGCUCUGAACACACAAUCGGUGGUAUUCAAUUUCCAGGGGAAAUUCAGUUUUAUGCAUAUAACUCUCUUCUCUAUGACUCAUACGAAGAGGCCUCACUUCGAGCCCAUGGGGUCGUAGCGGUUUCCGUCCUUCUCCAGAUAUCCCAUGAUCCAAAACAGGCCAAUAAUCAGCUCAAAAGGAUAACCCAUGCACUUAAAAAUAUCACCACCAAAGGAAGCUUUCAAAAGAUUGAAUCUCUGUCAAUCUCUGAGAUUAUGCCUGAAGCUAUGAGGCGACAAUAUUUAACCUACGAUGGCUCAUUGACAAUACCUGGUUGUUAUGAGACAGUUCAAUGGAUUAUACUGAACAAACCGAUCUACAUGACAAGUCACCUUUUCCAUUCUCUGAGAAUAUCAUCUUCAACUGAACCUUCUCAUGGUGGUGACAAUUUUCGUCCAAUUCAAAGACUCAAUUCCCGACCCAUUAGGACCAACAUAAAUUUUGAAACUUCAUUUGAGGAUAAUUUAGAGCAUGAGAAUGAAAAAUUGGAUACAAAUGAAGUUGGAACUCAAUUGAAUAGUAAAAAAUUGGAUGAAAAUGAUGUUACAUUUACAACUACGAGUUCCAAUGGUUCCAAGAGGAAAAGUUCAUGUUCCAUGAAAAGAUCUGUCACCUACAGAGCUAAUUCACCUAAGAUUGUAAUUGAAAAUUAAUGGUAAUCAUUAAAUUGGAAUCCUGUUAAUUGUUGGUGAUCAACUUUGUUAAUCGUUUAUUAGGAUUAAUUAAGUUUCAUUGGAACCGGAUCAAAGCAAAGUAUCAAUUAAUUAAUAACUUAUUUUCCACUUGCAGUUGAUUAAUUGUUGAGUUUAUUAAUAGUAGCCGAUAAUCAUUUGUAAUAAUUAACUCAAUCUCGAUGACAUUUGUUGCUCAAGUUAAUUCAAUUCAAAGUAAUCAAUCAAUGUCUAUCAAGACACAUUAAUAACAAUUAAAGGACCCAAUGGACAGACAAUUAAUAUGAUUAUCUUAAUCAGAAUAGCCUUUGUUUUGAUUUGUUUUGUUUUGUAUUUUAAUGACAAUCUAACCAGAAAAAAAUUGUUGAUCAACAAUUAACUGAUUGUAACCAAGUUUAUCAAGUAAAAUGGUAACAAACAAAAUGCUUUUAAUAAAUUGUAAAUUCUGUCAAUUUGAUCACAAUAAAGAUGCUCAAUGAAA